UGCUUUUUUGCAAAGGCAGGAGUCUUCCAUGGGACUACCACCAACUUCUUUCCCCUUCAUUUCCUGUAAGAAAGAGGUAACACAGCACCACAAGCCAGACAGCAACACUUUCCUUCUGGACAGGCCACAUGUAGCAGCGUGAAGCAGGAUGGUGGUUUUCAGAAAGGGUGACCAUGUAUGGUUGGACACCACUUCCAACAGUGACUUUAAUGUUCCUAUUGGGGCAGUUGUGAAGGUAUCUGACUCGGGACAGAUUUUGGUGGAGGAUGAUGAAGGCAAGGAACACUGGAUCACCGCUCGGGACAUGAGUGCUGUGCGCCCAAUGCAUCCCUCCUCUGCCCAAGGGGUGGAAGACAUGAUUCGCCUUGGGGACCUGAAUGAAGCAGGCAUGGUGCGCAACCUCCUUGUCCGCCACCAGGAGCACAAAAUCUACACCUACACAGGCUCCAUCUUGGUGGCGGUGAAUCCAUACCAGGUGCUGCCACUCUACACAGUGGAACAGAUCAGACUCUACAGUAAUAAGAGAAUUGGGGAGCUCCCACCUCAUGUCUUUGCCAUUGCAGACAACUGUUAUUUCAACAUGAAGAGAAAUAAGAGAGACCAGUGCUGUGUCAUCAGUGGAGAAUCUGGAGCUGGGAAGACAGAAAGCACUAAGCUGAUGCUGCAAUUUUUAGCUGCCAUCAGUGGCCAGCAUUCCUGGAUUGAGCAGCAGAUUCUAGAGGCCAACCCCAUCCUGGAAGCCUUUGGAAAUGCCAAGACAAUUCGCAAUGACAACUCAAGCCGCUUUGGGAAAUACAUCGAUAUCCACUUCACCCAAAAUGGUGUGAUUGAGGGAGCCCGCAUAGAGCAGUUCCUUCUGGAGAAGUCUCGGGUUUGUCGGCAGGCUCCAGAGGAAAGGAACUAUCACAUUUUUUACUGCAUGCUAAUGGGGAUGAAUGUGGAGCAGAAGAAAAUGUUGAAUCUGGGCCCUGCUUCAGAGUACACCUACCUCACAAUGGGUGACUGCGCAUCCUGUGAUGGACGCAAUGAUGCAAAGGAAUAUGCACACAUCCGCUCUGCAAUGAAAAUCCUCAUGUUCUCCGAUUCUGAGCACUGGGACAUCAGCAAGCUGCUGGCUGCUAUUCUGCACCUGGGGAAUGUGGAGUUUGAAGCUGCUGUGUAUGAUAACUUGGACUGCUGUGAUGUGCUGGAUUCCCCGCACUUUUCUAUAGCAACUAGACUUCUUGAGGUGGACUCUGGGGAGCUCCGGAACAGCCUUACAAACCACUCCAUCAUUAUCCGUGGAGAAAGUGUGUCCAUGCCCCUGAGUGUUGCCCAGGCUGCUGAUGGGCGAGAUGGCUUUGUAAAGGGGAUCUAUGGACAGAUUUUCCUGUGGAUUGUAAACAAGAUCAAUUCAGCAAUCUUCAGCCCACCUUCCCAGGAUGCUAAAAAUGCACGCCAAUCCAUUGGGCUGCUGGACAUCUUUGGAUUUGAAAACUUUAACAGUAAUAGUUUCGAGCAGCUCUGCAUUAACAUUGCCAAUGAGCACCUCCAGCAGUUCUUUGUACACCACGUCUUCAAGCUGGAGCAGAAGGAGUACAUGGCUGAGCACAUCACCUGGAACUCCAUUGAUUUCACAGACAACCACCGAGCUCUGGAAGUGAUUGCACUCAAACCCAUGAACAUCGUCUCCCUCAUCGAUGAAGAGAGCAAGUUCCCAAAGGGCACGGACGCUACCUUGUUGGACAAAAUCAACUCCCUUCACGGGAAAAGUAAAAUCUACAUCCCACCAAAGAGCAUCCAUGACACCAAAUUUGGUAUCGCCCACUUUGCAGGGGUUGUCUAUUACCAGUCUGAAGGUUUCUUGGAGAAGAAUCGUGACCUGCUCAGCUCUAACAUAAUGCAGCUGGUUCACUCCUCCAAAAAUAAAUUCCUGAGACAAAUCUUUCAGGUGGAAUCAGCACUGACGACCCUAGGCCAUGGAAGCAUGCGGAAAUUUGGAAGUGAUUAUACCCUUAAGGGCUCAGAUACCACCAAACGACUCUCUACCCUAGGGGGACAAUUCAAGCAAUCCCUGGAGCAGCUGAUGAAAAUCCUGAGUAACUGCCAGCCAUAUUUCAUUCGCUGUAUCAAGCCCAAUGACUUCAAGAAGCCUCUGUUGUUUGAUCGGGAGCUGUGUAUCCGGCAGCUGCGGUAUUCAGGAAUGAUGGAAACCAUUCGGAUCAGAAAGGCUGGCUACCCAAUUCGCUACAGCUUUGCAGAGUUCUUAGAGAGAUACAGAGUCCUGCUGCCAGCAUCUGCUAGAGAACAGCAACAGAAUGAUGUCCGUUGGUGCUGCGUGGUGAUUUCUGAGAAGGUCAUAGGCAAAGAUGGAGGCUGGCAAGUUGGAAGAACCAAGAUUUUCCUCAAGGAUUAUCAUGAUACAACCUUGGAGGUGCAACGAGAAAAGGAGCUUACAAACAAGGCCAUUCUUAUCCAGAAAGUGCUGAGGGGAUUCAAGGACAGGAAGCAGUUUCUGAUGCAGAGACGGUCUGCUGUGGUCAUUCAGACAGCUUGGAGGGGUUAUUACUGCAGGAAGAAUUUCAGGCUGGUCAUGCUGGGCUUUGAGCGCCUGCAAGCCCUCUUUCGGAGCCGGCAGCUUGCUAAGCAGUUUGAAACAGCCCGGGCACAUGUGAUUAGGUUCCAAGCCCUGUGUCGUGGUUAUCUGAUGCGCCAGAAGAUAGCUGAGCAGAAGAAAGCUGUGUGCAUUAUACAAGCAUAUGCUAGGGGAAUGUUGGCUCGUCAUAGUUUCCAGAGGAUGAAGAGAGAGGGGCACCUAUCUAACCUGGAGAGACAGAAGGAAGACAAGAAACGCAGGAAGCAUGACUCCCAUAAAUCAUCAUUCUAUGAUCCAAUCAGUGACCAGGAAAUGGUGGACAAAGUGUUUGGCUUUUUACCUUCCAUGAUUGGCGGCCAAGAAGGGCAGGCUCCUCUGGGAUUUGAGGACCUGGAAACAAAGAGGGGCAGGCUGGAUGAGGUGGAUCUGGAUAUGGUUCCUAUGAGUGCUGAGCUGGAAGAAGAAGACGAUGACCUGGCAGAAUACACGUUUCCAAAGUUUGCAGCCACUUACUUCCAGGGAUCCUCCACGUACACGCACAUCCGGAAGCCACUGCGUCACCCACUACUCUACCAUGAAGAGAAGGAUGAUAUCCUGGCCUCAGUAGCAGUGUGGAACAUUAUCCUGCGGUUCAUGGGUGAUCUUCCAGAGCCAGCAACCUUUGCUAAGAACCAAACCAGCAAGAGCAGCUCUGUGAUGACACAAAUAUAUGACACACUUGGCAAGAAAAGCCGGGUCCAGAUGUUGAGCAAUGACAGUCCAGAUGUGAGUGAAUACAGAAAGGAUAAUAAAGUCCCAAAGGCUAUUUCGUCCAUGAAGCUGAAACGGUCUUCCAAGUUAACAGGAAAGGUAACAAGUCAUCUGAGACAUGGGGAGGAGCUAUUCCAGGAGGAAAGCAUGAUCUCGGACAGGCCUAUGUCUAACCUUGAAAAAGUGCACUUCAUUAUUGGCAAUGCGAUCCUGCGCCCUGCCAUCAGAGAUGAGAUCUACUGCCAGAUCUGCAAACAGCUCACUGAAAACAGCAACCGGAGCAGUCAUGCCCGAGGAUGGAUUCUUCUGUCGCUUUGCCUUGGCUGUUUUCCUCCUUCAGACACAUUUGUGAAGUACCUGCUGAACUUCAUCCAGAGAGGCCCCCCCAGCUAUGCACCAUAUUGUGCCGAUCGGCUGAAACGUACCUAUGCCAAUGGAGUGCGGGCAGAACCUCCUAGCUGGCUGGAACUCCAGGCAACAAAGCAGAAGAGACCCAUUGUAUUUAAUGUCACCUUGAUGAAUGGCCAAAGCAUCACAGUCCCUGCGGAUUCAGCCUCCAUUGCCAAAGAGAUCUGCCAGCUCAUAGCAGAUAAGAUCAUGCUGAAGGAUAUGUUUGGCUUUUCUCUCUACAUUGCUGUGUAUGACAAGGUUUGGUCAUUGGGCAGUGGCCGGGAUCAUGUCAUGGAUGCCAUCUCCCAGUGUGAGGAGCUGGCGAAAGAAAGUGGUGGCCACGAACGUCAUGCCCCAUGGCGCCUGUAUUUCCGGAAGGAGAUAUUCACUCCCUGGCACAACUCCAAGGAAGACCCAGUCAGCACUGAUCUCAUUUACCACCAGGUCAUUCGUGGGAUCCGGUUUGGAGAAUACCGGUGUGAGAAGGAGGAGGAUUUGGUGGAGAUAGGAGCAAAGUGUUGCUACAUCCAGUUUGGGGUUUCCAUCCGGCAUGAGCUGGUCCAGAAAGUGCUCCAGGACUGUAUCCCAGUACGGCUGCUGAAAUCAAAGUCCCAGGAGAAGUGGGCAAGCCUCAUAACGUAUGCACAUGCCAAGGCCCCUUACACACAGGACCAGCUCUCCCCUCAGAGUGUGAAAGAGCAGCUUGUGGAUUUUGCCCGUUUUCAGUGGCCUUUGCUGUUUUCUAGGUUCUUUGAAGUUACCAAAUUUUCAGGGCCCAGUCUGCCCAAAAACCACUUUAUAGUGGCCAUCAACUGGAAAGGUAUCUGCUUCCUUGAUGAGUCAGAAAAGCGGCUCCUUGAGCUUUCCUUCCCAGAAGUCACAGGAAUCCACACCACAAGGGCAGUGAAGUCAUUUGGGCAAAGCUGCACGCUCAUGACACUGCGGGCAGAGGAGUUUGUCCUGACAUCUGUCCACAGUGUGGUCAUCGCUGAGCUUGUGGUCAUGUUUCUGGAAGGAUUGAAGAAGAGGUCACAGUAUGCUGUGGCCAUGCAGGAGAACAAGCCCCAAGACCCUGCCAUUCUGUCCUUCAAGAAGGGGGACUUGUUGAUUCUGGACCAGGACAAAGGGCUGGAAGCAAAUAACAACUGGAUCUCAGCUCAGAAUGAAAGGACAAGGAAAACAGGCAUUGUGUCUUUGGAGGCAAUCUAUAUCAUCCCUUCCCUCACAAAACCAUCUAGUCAAAUCCUGAGCUUGCUGCUGAUGUCACCAGAUCAGCGGAGAACAGCCUCACAGAACUCCCGCAUGGAAGAGCCUGAGGAAGAGGAUCCAAAGGUGAAGCCCUACACUCUGGAGGAGUUCUCCUAUGAGCACUUCAGGGUUCCAGAGAAGGAGUCCAUCAGCAAAGCUGUCCUCCAGAAAUCCCGUGGGCGCAGCCAGCUGUGGGCACACUCAAAGGAACCCCUGAAACAGCCCUUGCUGAAGAAGGUGUGUGCAGAGCCGGAACUUUGGGACCUGGCUUGUCAGACCUUCAUUGCCAUCAUGAGGUUCAUGGGGGACUACCCCUCAAAACAAGCCUGGUCCUCCAUGGAGAUCACUGACCAGAUAUUUGUGGUAGCCAUCCAGGAGGAGGCACUGCGGGAUGAGACGUACUGUCAGAUCAUGAAGCAACUGACUGAGAACACAAACAGGUACAGUGUGAACAGGGGCUGGCAGUUGUUCUGGCUCUGUACAGGUCUGUUCCCUCCCAGCAAAACACUGCUAACACAUGCCCAGAAGUUCAUUGAGACCCGGCGGAAGGAGACCCUGGCAAUGGAGUGCAGCCAGAGGAUUCAGAGGGUGAUGAGGAGUGGCUCUAGGAAGUGGGCUCCCCAUCAGGUGGAGGUGGAGGCCAUCCUGCAGAACACCACCAAGAUCUCACACAAGGUCUGCUUCCCCAAUGACACGGAACAGGCAUUUGAGGUGGGAACGAACACCAAAAUCCGGAGUCUGUGUCAGACUAUUGCCUCCAAGCUGCAGCUCAGCUCCUGGGAAGGAUUCAGCCUCUUCAUCAAGAUCGCAGACAAGGUGAUUAGUCAGAAUGAAGCCGACUACUUCUUUGACUCUUUAAAGCAGGUGACUGACUGGAAUAGGAAGAGCAAGCCAGGGAAAGAUGGGGCUGCUGUGGCUGUGACUUACCAGGUGUAUUUCAUGAGGAAGCUGUGGCUGAACAUAUCUCCAGGGAAAGACUUGAAGGCUGACUCCAUCUUUCAUUACCACCAGGAACUGCCGAAGUACCUGCGAGGCUACCACAAGUGCUCCAGGGAAGAAGCCAUCCAGCUGGCAGGGCUGAUUUAUAAAGUCCGUUUUGACAAUGACCGGUCACAGCAGAUAACUAUCCCAAAAAUCCUAAAGGAGCUAGUGCCAGACAAUCUGCUCCGAGUGAUGUCCCAGGAGGAGUGGAAGAAGAACAUUAUUGCAGCGUACAGCAAACAUGAGAGGAAAACAGUGGAUGAAGCUAAGGUUGCCUUCUUGAAAAUUAUAUACCGCUGGCCAACAUUUGGGUCAGCCUUCUUUGAAGUCAAGCAAACCUCAGAGCCAAAUUUCCCUGACAUCAUACUGAUUGCAAUCAACAAACAGGGAGUCUCCCUGAUACACCAGAAGACCAAGGAAAUCUUAACAGGUUACCCCUUUAAUAAAAUCUCCAACUGGUGCAGCGGCAGCACAUACUUCCACAUGACCGUUGGGAACCUGGUGCGAGGAAGCCGGAUUCUGUGCGAGACAUCUCUGGGUUACAAGAUGGAUGACCUGAUGACAUCUUAUGUGAACCUGCUAAUGAAUGUUGUAAACAAGCAGAAGAGUACCCACCUCCCAGCCUGAGUAAGAACAAGCCCCCUACUUCAUACACGUGCCAAACUGCAUAGGUGUCCUAUCCCAGAGGGAAACUUACUUUUGAAUACCCAUUCUGCCACUCAUUCCUCUGAACAGACCUGGACUGAAACAUGGAAGCAGAGUACUGCUACAAGAGAAACCCAAGGGAAUAUGCACCUUCAAUCAUUUUAAAUUUGCCAGUGUAACAAUACAAUAUAAUAGGAUUUUGGACUUCAGAGCAAGUUCAGUUUAAUUUCAAUGUCAGUGUAGUCCUCCACUCAGAAGAGGACACACAUCUCCUAGUUACUUUCUCCUGGGAAGGUAAAGGGCACAGUGCUUGAUAUAUUCCUACCAAUUCCCUUGCCUGUUGGUAAAUACGACGGCGGGCUUUGCAGGAGGGAAGAAUUGUUUCUGCUAAAAUGGGGCAAGGGCUAUUUUGGAUUUUUGUUGCCUUUGGACAAGCCUAUACUAGUGCACUUCCUUCUUUUUCCCCCAGCCUUCCUUUCACACCAGACUCACAAUACACAUGAACCAAGUAGGCUAACAUGGCCUGACUACAACAGUUAUUUAUACCGAGUAGCCCUCCCUCAAUUUUUUUAUAUUUAUAAAGGAGCGCUGCUCAGUGCAAGCAAGGAUUUGAAGAACUGAGUCUUUAACAGAGACAUCCUUUGAAGAGAGCCAUUUUUCUGCUCUUUAGAAGUCUUCCCAGCCUAGAGUGCUGUAGACAUUCUUUCAAGAGACAAAAAAAGUCAGUUACUUAAUUUGAGUGGUCUUCAUUCCUCUUGCUUCCUCCUAUUUCCUGUUUGACAGAGUUUAUGUGGUAAAGUUUGUUUGACGGUCCAUGUGAUAAAUGGACACUGAGAAACAUACCACUAAGAACAGCUCUGAGUGUCUAGCAAGGCAGGCAGACUUGCAACUUGCAUGUUAGGAACACAAAUACUUGCCACUUCCCCAACCAGGAGCCCUCUUGUGACCACAAUGGAAUGUGGUAGUCAGUGCAUUUACACCAAGUUCCUUGAGGCGUGAUUCGGCAGCUCUGCUGGGUCUCUCACACUGUUGCCAAUGUAUGCACAAUGGGGUCUGUUGUCCCCUUGGAUGUGCAUGUGAAACUCAAACAUUAAUAGGAUUUCUGUACAUGCAUAGCAGGGAGAAGAGCCUCAAUAUCUCUGUGCAUCUCAAUGAGUGCCACACUUUUCAGAAUACUUGAUCCUUUUCAAGCAAUUAGAUAUUCCAAGUGUAACAUCCAUUGCUGGCAAUGGAAGCACUGAAAUGACCAACACUGAGGUGUUAGUGCACUCUACUUCUAAAUGCCAUUUGAAUAGAACAAGUGUGUAAGACUUCUCAGCUCCUCUGUACUAAAAUGUUUGCAGCCAAAGGAUCUUGUUUGCAAUUUUUAAAUAAACAAUUACAGAAGAUCAAUAAUGCAAAUGUAGUCUUUCUUCCAUAAAUCAGAUGAGCAUUUUCUCAGGUUCUCUGCAGUUUAAACCUAUCCAAAUAGCUUGGGGUACCACUACAUUCUCAUAAAACACUUUUCACCACUGACAGCAGCAGCACCACCUGUGCUACACAGCAUCUGUCAGACAGUUGCAUGCCUGUACCGGGUCCAGUGCUGAUCACAUAUUGCCAUCUAACCAUCAUUAAUCUGGAAAUAGCACAAAAUAUGCUGCAAUUUCAAAUCUUCCUAGUUAGCAAGUGACUUGCUUUGGCUCACAAAAGAGUUAACACCUUUGCAUCACUUCAUAGUGUACAAUACAAUAUUUUAAUCUUUGGUGCAAAGUAUAGAGAUGCACUGCAGUGCACUUUAUUACAGGAACAUAACACAGGUGAGAUUACAGAACUACAGUCAAGCAGUCAUGUUCUGGAUAAACUUCACAAACCCAAAUGUACUGCAAAACAAAAGGUCCAUGGAUCCAUACAAUCCACCUCACGUAAUAGCACCCCAUGCAAUGCAAGAGAAUUUCUUCCCUCACUCUGCAUAAUCCCACACAUUU